UGUUUGGCCAUUCGAAGUGUCUUAGCUCACUCUCUGCUUUGCUACCAUUCCGAGAGCCAUGACCACGCUUUAUUGUUGGCUAUUACUCCUUGGAUAUUGCUACGGUUGCUUUGCUUUCGACGAAGACAAACAAAGUGACGGGCAAAACAAAUUUCUGAUAUUUAAUGAUGAUCCCGAAAGUCCGGCCAUUUUCAUGGUUCCUUCAGAAAGUCAUUCUUUAGCUUCUUAUUUGUUGGAUAAUAUGUUAGAUUCGUACGAUCGCCAACUUUCGUAUAAGAGGGCUCAAGCCUUUACUCCACGAAUAGGAAGAAAGAAGAGGUCUACCGAAACUUCUUUGUUAGAACGAAUGAUGCCUGCACCCAGAGUUGGAAGGGGUGAUCAAGAUGUUGGAGGAAUACAAUUAAGGGCCGCUUUUAUUCCUCGCCUAGGAAAAAGAAUCUUCGAUAGGGAUGAAGAUAAAAGAGCUCGAGCAGCGUUUACACCCCGAAUCGGAAGGACAGCCUUCACACCUCGUUUGGGCCGUUAAAUUUUGAAGAGGAAAAAAAAAACAUUAGAAAAUGUCUGAAUUGUAAGAAAUAAAAAACAUAAUUAUAAUAAAUCUGACU